AUGACACCAAACCAAUUAAAAAUGAUGCUGUGCGUAUUAUUAGUUGCUUUCCUUUCAUGUGGGCUUUACUUCUAUAUAUUCUGGAAGAAAUUAGAUCAUGUAAGGAUUAAUUCCCUUAAUUUCAGAAACCUUAUUAUGAAUAGCUGGCUUUUGCAUAUGGGUUGCUUUUAGGAUUCACAGAAUUAUUGGUGGCCAUAAUUUUAUACAUUCUCAUUAAAACUAGGGCGCAAAUCACAUCCCUGGGUGAGAUCGGCCGUUAUAUUAGACAGAACUGCUACAAGGAGUAUUAUGCAUUGAUCAUAAUAAAUUUGGUAUAGAACUUGAUAAUUAGGUAUUUCUGAUAACCUUCAACAUAAUAACCAUUUUGGAUCAAGAAUCAGUGAGCUUUAUGGAUAUUUAAUCACUCCACUUCAUAGCAGCAUAUUAUGUUCAAUCGGUUCUUUUCGCGUUAUUCUCGAAUGACCUGUUAAAGAGAAGAGCCUUGAUUCCGAAUGAGUACAUGUUCGAAAGAGAAGGGAUAUUUCGAUGUGCCUACGAGGUUCUCUAUUACGUGGUGUGUCUAUUCAUAGUAUUAAGUAAAUUUAUAAAUAUGAAAAGGCUACUUUUUGGUCACCCACUUUGAGAAAAUGCCAGAACCUAGUCAGACAUUAUGCCAACUGAUUAUUUUCACAUUGCUCUACCAAUUCUACUCAAUAACCAAAUUGGGUAUCUUGAUAAAAAUAUUUCUGAUAAUAACCACAACCAGACUGCUCUACUCUGCAGUGAAUUCCAUAUAGGACUUGAAGGAGACUACGCAAAAAGGUUGUCAGAUCACUUUGGUGGUGAUCACAGUCCUAUUUUUAAUUAGAAUGGUUCAGCAGAGUAUAUUGGGAAUUUUAAGAGCAAGAGAACAGUAUUUGAAUUAGACCCAACAUCAAACACCUGACAUAUUGAGUGCAUUGAAUUUAAUGCCUCCCAGAGACCCAUACAUAGGAGGAUCUACACAGAUAAUAAGUGAGGAGUAGAUACGAAUGAUGCCUCAAUAGAAGUUCAAGAUGGAGAAUGAAUUUGUCUGCUCAAUAUGCGAUAUGAAUCUACUAAAGAAUGAAAUGGUGAUGAAGUUAAGUUGUUCCCACAUCUUCCAUUCAGAAUGUCUGAAACCAUGGAUCAGGAUAAAGAACUCUUGUCCGAAUUGCAGAUAGCAGGUGUUGAGAUAGGGCAAUCAAGAAAAUCACAACCAAUAACCAGUCUAAGAACACCCCUAGGAUUAGCAAUACUAAGUUUAACAUGUUUAAGUAGAAGUCCCGCCAUCUAAUGAAAACAAUUAAGCAGUGUAAGAAUUUCAACAGAGGUAGUUGGAAAUACAAGAAUGA